AUGAGGCACAGCACAGCACAGCACAUGUUUUUGUCGAAGAGCCAACGGACAACGGCUUUUGGCUUUGAUCCGAUGUUGAUGGCUUUUCCCUUUAUCAAUGCCAAAUUUGAAGCUCUAUCAAGGUACUCUCGCUACCUUAGGGACAACCCACAAGACGAGUGGAAGGCAAUCAAAUUUGAGCAAGGACUAAGGCCUGAGCUGCAAAGCUUUAUCGGAAUUCUAGAGAUUCGUGACUAUCCCACCUUGGUAAACAAGUCUAGGGUGGCUGAGCAAAAGAUGCAAGCGCUGGAAGCUGAGAAACCGAAGGAGAAGUUUAACCCUGUUGGAAAAAGGUUUCACAAUAGGGACAAUAAAUUUCAAAAGAAUCUACGUCCUGUGCCCACAAUUUCAAAGGACAAGCAAGGACAAGCUUUGAUUAGUAAGAAUAAGGGAUGUGAAAACUGUGGAUUUAAUCAUGGAGACCAGUCAUGUCCUGCCGCACGAAUUACAUGUCUUAAAUGUGGAAAGGUUGGACAUUAUGCUAGAUGUUGCAAGAGUGAGGGACAGGCUCGAUCUAGACCCCAAAACCAAGGGAGAGUCGUUACACUCCAAGGAGAAGAGGUGAAUGAGUCAGAUGGUUUGAUCAAAGGUAUGGGCUUUAUUAAGAAUAAAAAGAUUAUCAUAUUGUUUGAUUCAGGAGCGACAUAUUCCUUUAUAUCUUUGUCUUGUGUGAAAGCCUUGCAAUUGACUAUUUCUUGUCUACCUUUUGACUUAUGCGUUACCACCCCUGCUGAAAAAAAUCUUACUACCUCCACUGCAUGCUUGAAUUCUACUCUUGUUUAUCAAAAUGUGCCUUAUAAUGUUGAUUUGAUUUGUUUGCCUUUGUCUGGAUUAGAUGUUAUCCUAGGAAUGGAUUGGUUGUCGUCAAAUCAUGCAGUUAUAAAUUGUUCUGAUAAAUCUAUCCUUUUUGCACCUCAAUCUAGGGCUAUUGAUUCACCUCAUUCGUCCAAAUAUUUCGUGUCUGCUCUAGCUUGUCAUAGGUAUUUAGUUGAGGGAGCUCAAGGAUACAUGCUCUUAUUUUCUUCUAAGGUGGAGGUUGAGGAUAAUUUAACCUUGAUGCCUGUAGUUGGUGAAUUUCUUGAUGUGUUCCCUAACGAUGUCUCUAGCUUACCACCGAAUAGAGAAUUAGAAUUUUCCAUUGAUUUAGUGCCAGGGUGUGGCCCAGUGUCAAUAGCACCCUAUAGGAUGUCAACAUUAGAGUUGGAGGAGCUCAAGAAACAAUUGGAAGAUUUAUUGGAAAAAGGGUUCAUUAGGCCUAAUGUGUCACCAUGGGGAGCGCCAGUACUUUUAGUGAAGAAGAAAGAUGGGAGUAUGAGACUAUGUGUAGACUAUAGAAAAUUGAAUCAAGUUACCAUUAAGAAUAAAUAUCCCUUGCCCAGGAUAGAUGACCUCUUAGAUCAAUUGAGAGGAGCUUCAAUAUUUUCUAAGAUAGAUUUGAGGUCUGGGUAUCAUCAAAUUAGAGUCAAGAGUGAAGACAUUCCUAAAACAGCUUUUAGGACAAGAUAUGGACAUUAUGAGUAUGUAGUCAUGCCUUUUGGAGUUACCAAUGCCCCUGCUAUUUUUAUGGAUUAUAUGAACCGAAUUUUUAGACCUUUCUUAGAUAAGUUUGUGGUGGUGUUCAUAGAUGAUAUUCUAAUAUACUCCAAGAGCGUGGACGGCCACGAGAAACACGUGAGGAUGGUGUUGCAAGUUUUGAGAGAUAAUAAAUUGUAUGCAAAACCUGAGAAAUUUGAGUUUUGGCUUGAUGAGGUGAAGUUUUUAGGACAUACCAUCUCUAGUAAAGGAGUGACUGUUGACUCUAGUAAGCCUUACCUCUCACAAAGUACUAUAAAAGAGGGAAAACUUUUGUAUGGGACCAAGAAUGCGAGGAUAAUUUCCAAGUGCUUAAAGGAAGAUUAA